UUUCUUAUUAUUUUAAAUAAAACCAUAUAGCAAUUAUUUUGUAAAUGUUUGCAAAAUUGUAUACAAUAAAAUAAAGCUUUUGAAAUAUUUUUCAAACCCUCUUCCUUUUCUUCUUUGGCCGAGAAGCAAAUCUGAAGAAGAAAAAUCACCAAGAAGCCUGAAGCAGCUCAACUUCUUUUGGUCCAACAUCCGAACGUUUCCAGGAUGAGUCAGGCUCCUUCUCCACGCCACACCCUGGUUGUCAUCUUCCUUCCUCACACACGCACCUCGUGUGACCUCCAGGCCGUGGCCAACGUCAGCCACCACCACCACGCUGCCUUUCGCCUCCCUUAGAUCCCAUCCUUGUGAAGAAACCCUAGCCUCUCCUUUCCCUCCUCGCGCCGCCACUCUCCCCUCUCCAUUUUUCUGUUUUCGUUACCCCGGAAGAACGACCAAGAACGCCGCCUCAGGUCGCCGACGCCCCGCCGCCGCGGACCAUCCCGCGCUUCGCCGAAACCACCAGGAGCUCCGCCUUGUCUCCAGGAUCGUGGUUGUCCAAGGAAUCAAGCUGGGAAGCCCCUAAUCGACGCCAACGACCCGUUCUCUUCUCCGACCCCAACGAAAAAAUGGUCGAUUCCGCCGCCGUGUGGCCACCUCCAGCCUUCCCGAUGUGUUCUAUCGCUUCCUGCAAGUUUGCGUGCCGCUCCUGCUCGUUCCUGAUGGAUUCCUUCCCGGCACACUCGUCCUCCGCCAACAGCCUCCCGCGAUUUGCUUCUUCACGGAUAAGCCGUCGAGUUGGUGCGAGCUACGACGAGAUCUCCGGAUGUCCCUCGGCAAGCUUUAACAGGUAUGAAGAUAUGUUCGAUGAAGACGACGCUAGCAAGGUUACCCUUCCGGCUUGGCCUGGGCAGGGUUAUGGACGCCAUCGUUUAUCUUCAGGACUCUUAGUCCAAUUUGUAUCUUGUCCGUACUCGGACAUAUUUGAUCUUCUGUAUGAUUUGGAUCUUAUGUUGUAUAUUUGUAUCUUGACUCGUUGGAGUCGUUGUUGUAAUAUAUAUGUUCUUGUGGGCUCUAUUGUAAUCCUGUUGUAAUGUUAUCGCUCGUGAUUGAUUCCACCCGCAUCGCGUGCAUGCUUCGGCGUGUACGAGGCGCUUGGUGGUGCGUCUCCUAGAAUCGAUAUCGUGUGGAUUUCGGCGGAUUCGCUGGGAUCCUCAUGGUACCGGUUUUGGGGCGUCACAA